AUGGUCAACCCUACCGUGUUCUUCGACAUUGCCGUCGAUGGCGAGCCCUUGGGCUGCGUCUCCUUCGAACUGUUUGCAGACAAGGUUCCAAAGACAGCAGAAAAUUUUCGUGCUCUGAGCACUGGAGAGAAAGGAUUUGGUUAUAAGGGUUCCUGCUUUCACAGAAUUAUUCCAGGGUUUAUGUGUCAGGGUGGUGACUUCACACGCCAUAAUGGCACUGGUGGCAAGUCCAUCUGCACUGCCAAGACUGAGUGGUUGGAUGGCAAGCAUGUGGUCUUUGGCAAAGUGAAAGAAGGCAUGAAUAUUGUGGAGGCCAUGGAGCGCUUUGGGUCCAGGAAUGGCAAGACCAGCAAGAAGAUCACCAUUGCUGACUGUGGACAACUCGAAUAAGUUUGACUUGUGUUUUAUCUUAACCACCAGACCAUUCCUUCUGUAGCUCAGGAGAGCACCCCUCCACCCCAUUUGCUCGCAGUAUCCUAGAAUCUUUGUGCUCUCGCUGCAGUUCCCUUUGGGUUCCAUGUUUUCCUUGUUCUCUCCCAUGCCUAGCUGGAUUGCAGAGUUAAGUUUAUGAUUAUGAAAUAAAAAUAA